CCUCUCUCCAUUUUUGUAUACAACUGAGUCCACCGCUGCUUUCUUUUUUUUUUUUUUUUUCUGGUCUUCCUAUGGGAAGUAGUUUGUAGAGAUGAUGUUUCAGGGUUCCUCUGUUUCUUCAAUCAGAGGUUAUUUGUUUCUGCUUCUAUUAGUAACGACUAGUGUUGCUGCUGGGUUGUUCGUUCAUGUCAACAAACAUAUUCCUUCAACUUUGGACGGUCCUUUUGAUCCUGUAACCGUUCCUUUCGACGUUAGUUUACGUGGCAACGCUGUUGAUUUACCUGAAACCGAUCCCCGCGUUGGCCGCCGAGUUAGAGGUUUCGAGCCUGAACAGAUUUCAGUUUCUUUAUCUUCCUCUUUUGAUUCUGUUUGGAUCUCCUGGAUUACAGGAGAUUUUCAAAUUGGUUACAGUAUAACACCUCUAGACCCAGCAAGAGUAGCCAGCAUUGUUCGAUAUGGAACCUUGAGAUAUCCAUUGUCUCGUGAAGCAUCAGGCUAUUCCCUUGUUUACAGUCAGCUUUAUCCUUUUGAUGGUCUACAGAAUUACACUUCUGGGAUCAUCCAUCAUGUUCGUCUCACCGGGUUAAAACCUGACAGGGUAUAUUAUUAUAGAUGUGGAGAUCCUUCCAUAAAGGCUAUGAGUGGUAUUCGCUCAUUUAAGACUAUGCCAUAUUCUGGUCCAAGUAACUAUCCUAGCAGAAUAGCAGUUCUUGGUGAUCUUGGACUUACUUACAAUACAACUGCUACAAUUAGUCAUGUGACUAAGAACAAACCUGAUCUUGUUCUGCUCGUUGGUGAUGUAACUUAUGCGAAUCUAUAUCUCACAAAUGGAACUGGCUCCGAUUGCUACUCGUGCUCCUUUUCGGGAACCCCCAUCCAUGAGACCUAUCAGCCUCGUUGGGAUUACUGGGGAAGGUUUAUGCAGAAUUUAGUUUCUAGAGUUCCAAUCAUGGUGGUAGAAGGGAACCAUGAAAUUGAACAGCAAGCUAGAAACCAAACAUUUGUUGCUUACAGUUCUCGGUUUGCAUUCCCGUCUAAAGAAAGUGGAUCUUUAUCCACAAUGUAUUACUCUUUCAAUGCUGGAGGAAUACAUUUCAUAAUGCUUGGAGCGUACAUUGAUUAUAAUAAAUCUGCUGAUCAAUUCAAGUGGCUGGAGAUAGACUUGGCUAAUGUUGACAGAUCUCUGACUCCAUGGCUGGUAGCAGUAUGGCAUCCUCCUUGGUAUAGUUCUUACAAAGCCCAUUACAGAGAAGCAGAGUGUAUGAGGGUGGCAAUGGAAGAUUUGCUUUACUCAUACAGUGUUGAUAUAGUCUUCAAUGGACAUGUUCAUGCAUAUGAGAGAUCAAAUCGAGUUUACAACUACAAAUUGGAUCCUUGUGGGCCUGUAUACAUUACAGUUGGAGAUGGGGGUAACCGAGAGAAGAUGGCUGUUGAACAUGCUGAUGAGCCUGGCAAUUGCCCGGAGCCAUUAACUACUCCUGAUCCCUACAUGGGUGGCUUUUGUGCAACAAACUUUACGACAGGUCCAGCAGCAGGUAAAUUCUGUUGGGACCGGCAACCUGAUUACAGUGCAUUCCGCGAAAGCAGCUUUGGUCAUGGAAUUCUGGAGGUGAAGAAUGAGACUUGGGCAUUAUGGACCUGGCACCGUAAUCAAGAUUCUACUAGUAAAGUUGGGGAUCAAAUCUAUAUAGUGAGGCAACCUGAUAUAUGCCGUGUUAACCCCACACCUUCUACACAUUGGUUUGCAGAUGUUUUAAGCAGCUUUAGUAGUAAAUUUUCCAUGAUUUUCUAAUCGAUGACAGUGCUACAACUUCUUACCCAUAAGCAAAGAUGAUGGGGGAGUAAAAGCUGAAGACUUCUGACAAUUAGAUGGACAGAUAUAGAGUAGCUGGGGCAGCAUCUUAUCUUUGAUUGAUCCUCCCCUUGUAACCCUAUACACUAGAAAAAAUUACUAGCCAUUUUGCAUUGUAAAUUAAAAGUGUGGAGAGUGCUGUCACACAAUUUGUAGUUUAUGUUGUACAACUCUCUCCUUGUAUAAUUAUAAAGAAUUAGAAGGUAGAAACGAGCUGUUUGGUAGGACCAUUUUGCAAUGUAGCAGUAUGAUUGUGAGUAAAAUGAUGUGUGAUUAUGUGAUUA